AAAUGAAAUGUGUGAAUGCAUGGCCCUUUGGGCUUCCGAAUAAAAGAUUACAGUCUGAUGUGAAAGUCUGACGUUUGCUCUCUUUACUGCUGUGACGUCACUUCUGAUGAAUCUCCAGGUCCAAUUCCUCUAUCCAACGUUUUGUUAAAGGAUUGUCUUUAUCCUCCCGACUGGUUGAAAAAAAGUCUAAAUGUCUUCAUUUUCAGCAUCUUGAUGAAUAAAUCAGUUUCUGUUCUGGUUCUGGUUCUGAUUUAGACAACAUGAAAAUGCAGAAUCAGAACAGAGACCAGCUCAGCUCGCCAGCAGUUGUCAUCAUCCCGAAAGUCCGAUACCACCCAACCAUCCAGAUCCAGACACCAGCAGGCGGAACACGGGCCAAAACCGGAACCAGUAAAAACCAGAGGAGCAGACCUGCUCCUGUGCCUCAGACUGACAAGAAGGCAGUCCAGGAGCAGAGGAACAACAUGAUGAUGCAGAAUCACAACAGAGACGGGUCCAACUUGACAGCACCUGCAGUGGGUCAGGCCCAGAACACCAUCAUCAUCCCAAAGGUCCAAUACCAUCCAACCAUCCAGAUCCAUACACCUGCAGAGGGGACAAGAGCCAAAACCAGAACCUGUCAAAACCAGAAGAAAAGACCUGCUCCUGUGCGCCACCCUCACACUGACAGUCAGGCAGUCCAGGAGCCGACUGCUCAGGAUGAUCAACUUCCUGUUUUAAGACCAGGUCCUGGUGGAGGACAGAAACGGAGCGCUCAGAAACUUGUUCAGAGACCUACUUCAGAUCCUCCACAACCUCCGGGCCAGGAACCUGACAGGGCCCCUCCCAAACUGGAUCAGAUUCCUCUGGGUCUGGGGGUCCAGGUGGACAGUCGUGUUGUGGAGGAUGUGGAGGUUCUGACACGUGGACAAAGAACUAAUCAGAACUGGUUCACCUGGAGGAAGAACCGGAUCACAGCCUCGGUAGCUCACAGCAUCGCUCACUGUCGCUUCGUCAACGGCAAGAGCAAGAUCCCACCUGCCUCCUACCUGGCUGCUGUUACAGGUGAGCGGCCCAGAGUCCAAACCAGAGCCAUGAGCUGGGGGGUCGACAUGGAAGCGGAGGUGGUCCAAAGGUAUCAGAGACUGAAGACCGCUCAGUUCGGUCACUUGGUCUCGGUUCAGGACUGCGGUCUCUUCAUCGACGCUCGGCGGCCCUGGUUGGCUGCAAGUCCUGAUGGCAUCGUGAAGGACAGCCAGACCGGCCAAUGGCUGCUCUGCCUGGAGGUGAAGUGUCCCUACAAACACAGACACAGACGGGUGGAGGACGCCUGCAGGGACGACCCCGCCUUCUGUCUGCAGAUACAAGAGCAGGACGGAGGGCCUCCGGUCUACAGUCUGAAGACGUCUCACAGUUACUUCACACAGAUCCAGGUCCAGCUGGCAGUGACAGGGCUGCAGCGGGCCGACCUCGUCGUCUUCACUCUGAAGGAGACGGCCAUCGUCCCAGUGACCUUUGACCCUGACCUGUGGAAGGAGACGGUGUCCAAACUGGAGAUGUUUUACAGGGAUGCCAUCCUGCCUCACCUGAGAGAGAAGAGCCAGCAGGACACAGCAGCAGGCUGGACACCAGAAAUGUAGAGACAGACGAGAGACGACGUCCUGCACCAGCUUGUAGUCGGGACAAACCAGAUGUGUCCUCUUAAUAACAGCAGCUGUCUCUGCGUCUCCUGUCACUGUCAGGAGGUAAUUUCCAACAUUGGGUCAACAGAGGCUGCAGGACCAGCUGACGUCAGCUUCCUGAAUCAUAAACAUGGUUCUGUUUUAACCUGACUGGAUCACCAUGGUAACCAGGUGACAUUCAGUUUUUCUGCUAGAAGUCGACUUCACCAAUCAGCUGAACGACUCGUUACACCGUUACAUUAAAUUGAAGCCUGUUCUCACAUGUGGCACGUUGGACUUUUUCUCCACGGGAACUCGGGUCAACAUUGUUUUAUUUGACUGCAUCUGCUUGGCUCGGCUCGCUCUGACAGAAUCUUGUUGUUUAAAGAGUUUAUCGAUUCAAACCUUCGUAUGACGUUUGGUUUAUUUCACUUAAUACAACAAGCUGAUUAUGUUGGUGCUCAUCACAGAUGAUAAUCAAUAAAGAUCAUUUAGUUUGGGUGACUGAC